UUAAAAGGUUUAGGUGAACAGCGAUAGUACUUAACUAUUACAUGAUAAAAUUGAACUUCGCUCGAGGGGAGGUAAGCAAUUAGCUUACUUGGUAACUUAUGCCAAGAUCAGUUUCAUAUAUUUGUAUACAUUUUGUAUAUGUAUUUACAUUGUUUAUGUAUGAUUCAUGAAAUUUGAAAUUUAUUUGAAUCAGAAGUAAUUACUUAUACUUAGGUUGCUUUUUAAUGCUUUUUGUUAUAUUGUUACUUUUUAAUGCUUUUUGUUAUAUUGUAUGUAUUUUGCACAUUUUUAAGUUUUGUUGCAAUACAUUUCACCUUACUUCACAUUGUAAUGAUUUGAUAAUAUUAUACAUGAAUUGUACCGAAUGAAGUUUUCUGGUGUAUGUAAGUAGGGUAAUUGUUUUGAUUGAAUCUCUGAUAAUUAAUUGAUGUUGACAUUAAAGCAGUAAAAUACCCCGUUUAUCUUUUUUGACAUUAUAUUUUGUGUUUUGUUUCUGUAAUUUAGUGUCUAGGUAGAUAUCCCAUUGCACCUGUUCGAAACACUUUUCCGAAGAUUUAAAGUCUCUUACGUUGUAUUCAACUCAUUUGAAGUUUCUGCAUGAACAUUAAUUUUUGAUUUAUUGCAGCAAGUAAGUCUGACCGAUAUUGUGUCAUUUUUUUUUUUUAUUUUGAUUUUGGAAUGUCUUCAUUUUCUUAACAGUAAAAUCCAGAUACAGGUAAUGCUCAGAGGGAUGGCUUGUCUGUGUUCAGACCGUAUGUUUUGUUCAUAGGAGAUAACUCAUGAGGCUAUUCAAAUUUUGUAUAAUUAUCUCCCUUUCCUUCUCAGAGCCAAGACUGAUGAAGUCAGAAUAUAUAAAAGAAUUAUUUAAAAAAAAAUAGAUUAUCUUGUCGGUAGCCAGACUAAAGCCAACUAUAAAAUUUCAGAUAUCCCGCUAUCGGUACCGCUCCUUACAUGAGAUACUAUUUUGUAUUACGUAAUAUAUGGUUUUCCAAUAAAUUUAUUUAUAGAUCUCUGAGUUAUGAUAGCAAUAUUUAGAAAGGUUUGUCAUUUCAUAUAAUGUAUACCUUGUCUUACAUUGUGAUUUUGGUUUUUAUUCGGACACCUUUUUGUUUAACAAAUAAGAUAGUGGUGCUACAAAGAAACGCGUCGGAUACAAAUGAAAAUGUCCCAUCACACCCGUCUGAAAUUUCUUCCCUUGAAUGGAAUCGUACAGACCACUGCGUUGUUGGAUUUAAACAUACUGAGUUCGAUUAUACCAAGAAAUAUUGUUGUGAAGGUAGUGCUAUCAAGUCGAAACUUCUCGGAAAGAAGCCGUGCUGUACCAUCACGACAGAAGUAAGCUGCUGUGAUACAAGGAACAUAUCAGUGAAUUCUCUGAAGAAAGCGUCUUGUUGUAAGACAGUGUUGUACAAUAUAGAAACUGAAUUCUGCCACAACUUCGUCGUUAACAGGCGUAUAGAUUUACAAGCAUCGACAGAAAAAAUACAUGCAGCAACCAAGGUUCCUUUUCACAACACAGCAUUCAAAGAGAGCUCGGAAUACAUUACCUAUCUUGUGAUAACCUGUAGUGUGGCCCUAGUGACUGUAUUGGUGACCUUCAUCGCUGUAUUACUUUUACCCCAAAGGAAACGAAAUCCUUCACCAGGCUACGUUUAUAUUCCGUCUAAAAUUUCAUCUUAUAACAAAAUGGAAAGAAACAACGAAACACGUACGAAGAGCCAUUUUGAAACAUCAUUUGCAAGCGGCACCAUUUCAAAUGACUUAGAAACAGAUGGGUUCGAAAAUGCAGAUAAAAGUGAUCACCAUCUACUGACACAAGACGAAACUGGUCCACACAACGUGAUACUCACUGAUUCACUUAAGACAGAUUUGACAGUAAUAGAAAUGGAAACUUCAAGCAAACGUACUCAAACAGAAGAGGAAAAAGACAUCAAUGUUAGCAAUGUAAUGGGCGGAAACUUUGACCGUAAACAUGUCUUUGAUAAGAAUAACAUGAGUUUGGUGUUGCCCAACUCUGUGGUAAAACUGACACUAUCUAAAGAAGAUGUUUCAGACGGUGCUAUUGAGUGCUAUGCAUCCACAUAUCGUAACCUGAAACAAAUUUAUGCAACAUUCCAGUCAUAUAUGGAUGAAGGCGAAGAAAUUGUUUCUCCUACAAUUGAAUACUAUUUCCCAAGGAACAGAAGGCUUAAGCAAUUCGCAUGUGUCGACAUGGAGUAUUAUAGCUGCAGCUGCAAUUCCGUACUUAAGGUUUGGAGAUUUGAAUGCAAACCAGAGGAUGGAAGAGUAAACGAGAGGGUACAAAUACCGAACAGGAAUACGCUGAAUGACAUUAAAAAUGUCGACGCAUAUUAUGAAAUUAUAUCACCUGGAAAAAUCCGCAUCUAUCUUAAACGUUUCUGUACACUGAUGUGUAGUGUUUGCAAUGAAACACAUGACUGUUUGAGUCUUACUGCUCAUGCAUAUGUGGUAACUGUCCCUUGUGAUGGUGGGUCUAUAAAUGUUCGUGUGUCACUUUACAUUCUUGCCCGAGUCAACCAGCUGACAGACUACGCAUACGGGAUACAUCAGUUUGUAGAUGCCAAUGAAAGGCAAAUCGUCCCAAAACAAAAGAAAAUAUGCCUGCCUAUGAACGUACAACUGGAGGACGACUUGAGCAUACGACUCAAGCUUUGGCAAGAAUCAGAAAAUAUCUGGCAACAGCGGCCCUUCUAUGGAGAGACAGAUGAUACCGAAUACGUCCAGCUUCACAACAUAGUCGACUGUCCAAGACGUAGUUCGAAUGGACAGCCAUACUCAAAAGAGUGGUAUUUUGUUUGUAAUCAUGGAUCGAUACAGAUACCUAAAGAACUGGUUUUCAACUGCUUCAUUUCAAUAAACAUGGUUCAUCCAAAUCCGGGUGUGGACACGAGGCAGCCUCCACCAAAUAACUUUGCUUUAAGCCACGUCGUUGACAUUUCGUCUACCAAAAAGACAAUAGAUAACCAGCCUCCUGAAAGAGGAAUUAUUCAAUCUGUUGCAGGCAAUUUACGUCCGCUUGGAGUUCCCAUUCAAGAAUCGCCAAGUGCUUUUAAUAUUGCUACUGGCAUUGCUGAAACUGAUAGUAAUACCACUGAAAACCGACAGGAUGAAAUGGAGAGAGCUGGUAUUCUUCACUCAAAUUCUCCAGCACCGUUUUCACCGGAAAUACAGGCUAAUGCCAUAACGACUCGCCAAAGAGAAUUGCAAAAUUUCAGCCAGCAAGGGGCCCGUCCAAAACAAACUAAGCACCAUCAACCAUCGAAUUUAAACCUCCGAGUUCAGGAACAUCAGGCACAACAGGUCAAUAAUGAACGAAACAGUGCUGACAAAGACGCCGAGCAAAGUCAGAUAACAGUCUCUGAUGUAAAUACAUUGAAUCAAGAGCCUCGUUUUAAUCCUGCUGAACAAGUCGUGAGAGCAGAGACAGCUGAAGAUUCAGUUUAAAGAUUACACGUACUUAAUACUAAAUACUGAAUAUAAGCAUCAGACAUAGCAUUAACAGUAAACAUAGUGUUUUUGGAGAACAGAGACAUAUAAACAUUCAGCAUGAACGUUAGACAAAGUCAUUAUUAAAUACAUAGUAUAAACAUUACGCAUAGAUAGUGGCUUUGCGACCAGCAUGGAUCCAGACCAGCUUGCAUGUCCGCGCAGUCUGGUCAGGAUCUAUGCUCUUCGCUAACGGUUUCUCUAAUUGCAAUAGGCUUUGAAAGCAAACAGUAUUGAUUCUGACCAGACUGCGCGGGUGCGCAUGCUGGUCUGGAUCCAUGCUGUUCACAAAGCCAUUAUGUUGGUUUUGUCAUGGCGCGGCUCGUAUAUAUUUCAAUUGUGAGAGCCGUAAUAGCCGAAGAUUUGGCAUAAGCAUCAAAAACUUAUUUAUGAAUUGCUGGAUGCAUUCAUUCAGCAAAAACCGUCAAAACCAAUCAGUUGUGACAUGUUUAUAUAUUGAUACAAAUAGUUUAACUACAGUUUAAAAAAAAAUCUUAAAAGGACUUUUCGGGAAUUUGGGUAGCCUUAGUUACUUAGUAAGUAUUUAAAACUUUUUGGUGUGAAAAUUGGUUAAAAUACUUUAUUAAGAUAGUCGAUCAGUUGUUAGACAUUUCGAAUAUUUAAAAGGAGUCUAAAUGACGUAUGAUAUGAAUGAUAUUAUCAUGCACUAGAAACAACUUGUCAUAAUUUGUAGGAUUUUGCAAACAAAGAAAAAAAGAGUGUACAGAUAUAAAUGGAGAGUUCGGUUUUGAGUUCGCUCCACGAGCGUUUGACAGUCAAUCUGACUAAAGUUCUCAAUUUUCCAAGAAGUUAGAUCUGAUCUUCUUUCUGUAUAACCGGAUUUCCAAUAUUGCUAUUCUUAUUUCCACCAAUCUAUUUUUAGCUAGACUAUGAGAGCUAUACUACUCACACAGGCGUCGGCGUCGGCGUUGGUUAAAGUGUUUAUGAAAUGGUAAUAUUUUGUAUACCAUCGAAGAAAUAUAAUUCAAACUUAGAUAAUUUGGUUAUAACAGUCACUACUUGUAGGCAAGGGAAAACUAUGUCAAGUAUUUUUGUUGAAUUAUGACCCAUUUUGGACAUGGAAACUGGUUAAGAUUUUUCGUAGAAGCUAUUUGAAACUAAGAAUACUUAUUUACUGUUACAGUCUCUACCUGUAGAAAAGAGUACAUAGCUCUGCCAAGGAUUUCGGCAGAAUCAUGGCUCUUUUGGAACUAGGAACUUGGUUCAGAUCUCGUACAAGUCUAUGUUUUGUAUAAAAGAUGUUUACAUGUGGAUUGGAGACUUUGAAGACUUGUUUAUUGUAUUAGUCCAUACCUGUAGGCAAGAGUACAUAACUCAGUCAAGUAUUUCAUCUGAAUUAUAGCCCUAUUUGAACUUGGAAAUCGGUUCAGAGUUCGUAGAAUAUAAAAGACAAAUACCACCAAACACGACAAAAUAUAUCAAUUUUAAUACACCGACGUUUCGCCGAAAUGCUUCAUCAGGAUAAUACAUAAAUAGCAAUUUUUUUUUUUCAGUUUUCGUAACAGUACAGGUUUUGUGUAAACUUUUUGACAUGUGGCUUUGAAACGUUGAGCACUUGCUUAUCGUCAUGAUUUCCAUCUGUAUGCAAAAGUAUAUAACUCAAGUAUUUUGGUUAAAAUUUUUGCCUUUUUUGCAUGGAAAUUGGUUCAGUUUUCGUGCUUCUUUGUGCGCGUAAAUUAAAUGUGUGUUUGUCAUGGGCGGUGCCCCGAGUGUCUACCAUAAGUUUGUCCGCCGGCCGUCCUUAGUCGGUGCCCGAUUGUUGUUUGUUCCUGCUUGUGUGUGUGUGUGUGUGUGUGCGUGUGUGUGUGUGUCCGUGUGUCUGUGUCUGUGUGUGAUGGGCGGUACCCAAAAGUAAUGUUUUUCUUGCUUGUCUGUUUGUUUAUCUGUGUAUGUUAGUUGUAUGUGUAUAUUUGUUUCUCUUUUGUACGUAGGUAUCUGCGACGUUGUUGGAAUACUACGUUUAGGGAACGUGCUUUCUCUGUUUAAUAUUCAUCCUUGCUCUAGCUUCCCCCAACAUCCGACUCUGUUAUCUACCCCGUACCACCCAACCCCUAUUAUCUGUAUUUAACAUAUAUUAAUAAUGUACUUGUUGGAUAUUUGAAACAACCGUUCUACAAUAUUUUUCCGUUACAGCUUCUUUUGUUUUGGGACUACUUUGCGAUGCAUGGCUCUAUGGAUGUGUUUUGGGUGCGCUGUGCUUCCGGGUUAUCUACCCUAACCUUUUAUCUUUUGAAACUUUGAACAAAUAUUUAUCGCCAUGAUCUCCAUUUGUAGGCAAGAGUACAAAACUCAGACAACUAUUUUGGCUGAAUUUUGACCCUUUUUGGACUUGGAAAUCAGUUACAUUUUUCAUACCAGUCCAUAUUUUGUCUAAGCUGUUUUUCAUGUGGCUUUGAAACCUUGACCACUCGUUUACCAUCAUUUUGCUACAUAACCAGGACAAGGAUUUUAGCUCAUUUAUGUCCCUUUUUAUGCCCCCGAAGGUAAAUAUAUUAAAAUCGAACUGUGUGUGGAUGCGUCUGUGCGUCCCUGACCCCCAUUAGGUGUGUCGCGCUUAUGACUCUUGUCUCUCAAGUCAAGGUCAAUGUCACAAAUUGAUUCAUACCUAAACUUUUCUUGCAUAUUUUGCGCAGACAACUGUAGCAUUCUUGGACACUCUUCGGGGGCAUUUGUCACUAAUUUUGAUAGCUCUUGUUUGACAUAGAAAUUAGUAAAGUUUCGCAUAUCAUUCCAAAUUGUUUCUGAACAUAUAGUGCAAGACUUAUCUAAAUCCGCAAACACAGGUUCAUUGCUUGU